AUGUCUAUUCGAGUCACUACCUCUCUGGGCGGUACUGCAUCCGACGUCACCGUCGGUAAAGUAGCUCCAGUCCCAGAUGAACAGUGUUUUGAGGCUAUCAAGGCUGGCGUGGACGCCCUUCCUCCCGGAACAAAGAUGUUCCUCAAUGGAGGUGAAUUCUACGGGCAUAACUUAGCGACCACGAACCUCGAGAUGAUCGCCCGGUUCUUCGAAAAGUACCCCGACUACGUCGACAAGACUUUCUUGUCCAUCAAGGUACGGCCCGCCAACUUGAGACGAAGUGUCGAGCUCAUUAAUGAGAAGCUUCGCGGCACCAAGCGCCUUGAUUUGUUCGAGUGUGCGCGUGUAGACCCCAAUGUCCCUCUAGAAGAAUCGAUCAGGGCCCUUGUUGAACUCAAGAACGAGGGUAAACUAGACCAUAUUGGAAUGUCCGAAUGCAGCGCUGACUCUCUGCGGCGUGGUAAUGCUGUACACCCCAUUACUGCUGUCGAGAUCGAGGUUAGCCCAUGGGAAUACGGAGAGGAGGCCAAGAAAGUCAUUGCCACUGCCGAAGAGUUAGGUAUUGCUGUUAUCGCGUACUCCCCGCUCGGCCGUGGGUUUUUGACCGGUCAAAUCAAGAGGCCUGAGGACAUUCCGGAGGGAGAUUACCGCCGCUCACUACCUCGUUUCCAGGAGGAUAACUUCAAACUCAACUUUGCCAUAGUUGAUGCGUUGACUGCGAUCGCGAGGAGCAAGAACGUAACCUCUGCUCAACUCAGCAUCGCUUGGGUCGCAUCGUUGGGCAAGCAUGUCAUCCCUUUGCCAGGUUCCUCGCAUGCUAAGCGCACUCGAGAAAAUUGUGCUGGAGGAGAUAUCGAGUUGUCUACUGAAGACAUCGCAGAAAUUAACAGUCUUAUCAGCGCUGCCGAAAUCAGGGGUGAUAGAUGGACGCCCGAGCCAGUCCCAGAUGAACAGUGUUUUGAGGCUAUAAAGGCUGGCGUGGACGCCCUUCCUCCCGGAACAAAGAUGUUCCUCAAUGGAGGUGAAUUCUAUGGACACAACUUAGCGACCACAAACCUCGAGAUGAUCGCCCGGUUCUUCGAAAAGUACCCCGACUACGUCGACAAGACUUUCUUGUCCAUCAAGGGAGGACUAAAGCCUGGCACAGUGCCACUACCCGAUGGCUCGCCCGCCAACUUGAGACGAAGCGUUGAGCUCAUUAAUGAGAAGCUUCGCGGCACCAAACGCCUUGAUUUAUUCCAGAGUGCGCGUGUAGACCCCAGUGUCCCUCUAGAAGAAUCGAUUAAGGCCCUUGUGGAACUCAAGAACGAGGGUAAACUAGACCAUAUUGGAAUGUCCGAAUGCAGCGCUGACUCUCUGCGGCGUGGUAAUGCUGUACACCCCAUUACUGCUGUCGAGAUUGAGGUCAGCCCAUGGGAAUAUGGAGAGGAGGCCAAGAAAGUCAUUGCCACUGCCGAAGAGCUAGGUAUUGCUGUUGUCACAUACUCGUACAAUUUCAAACACAACUUUGCCAUUGUUGAUGCGUUGACUGCGAUCGCGAGGAGCAAGAACGUAACCUCUGCUCAACUCAGCAUCGCUUGGGUCGCAUCAUUGGGCAAGCAUGUCAUCCCUUUGCCAGGUUCCUCGCAUGCUAAGCGCACUCGAGAAAAUUGUGCUGGAGGAGAUAUCGAGUUGUCUACUGAAGACAUCGCAGAAAUAAACAGUGUUAUCAGCGCUGCCGAAAUCAAGGGUGGGUUAUACCAUCCUUAUACCUUCCGUCAAGGUUCUGUAUGGUAG